AUGACGUUGUCAAGGGCUUUGUCGAAAAUUCAAAAGAACCAGAAAGGAAAGAGUGUUGCAGUCCACCCAAAGGGCCGGAAGUUUCAAAAGCUGACAACCGCUACCUUGCGUGAAGACAAAAUCGCUGCGAAAAAACGGCUCCACAACGAACGCAGAAGCCAUGAACUCGGUAGAGUCAAAUUCUUGCAGGAUGUGGUGAACAUGGACACCUUCAAGGACAGAGAAACAUUCACACUCGAGGAAACCCUCAUUUUUGCCAAACAGUACAUUGGUCGUGAUGACGAAGAGUUGAGCGAGCUCAAAAAGAAGAGAAGAUCAAAUAGACCACCCUCCAACAGACAGAUUGCCUUGCAGCAGAGAACAGACACGGAAUUGAAGGAACUGGAAACCGGGUUUCUUGUGCCGGAUCUAACAGAAGCUGCAAACGUGGAGUUUUUGAGAAAGUGGAAUCAAACUUUUGGGUCCAUGACUACUUUGCAGCAAAUCAGGAUUAAUGACAAGGCCGAAAGAGUGAUUGGUGGGAACAAAAGUGCUCAAAAGAGUGCUGCAGAUGUAGAAAUGAAUUAG